AUGACCUGGACAUUUAUAUGUCUUCUGACGGAAAUCGUAUAUUGUAGCAUCGUGCUGGCUGCGUUCAUCUUAUGUUGUAAUCAUUCGAAUAAGCUUGUUAAGAACAAGACGCGAGCCAAGUCCAAAUCCAAAUCAAGUCCGAUGAAAAGUGGGCAUCAGAAGAAGAAGAACAAGUCGACUAAGAGCAAGAAGGUGCCCACCAAGUCGACGGUGACCAAGCCCACGAAGGUCGAGGACGUGGACCGGAAUCUGGACAAGACGCAGUCAGUGUAAGGUUUUAUUCGUUUUUAGAGACUUAAGGAUUGUUUGUUCAUUUUAAUUUUAAAUUUUGGUAUUUUUGGGCUAGAUGCUUAUUUGAUUACGGCACAGAACAGCAAAUUUUACCUGAUUUUAACGGUUUUUGGUGGGUCUUCGGAAUCUAUAGUUAAGACCUAUAGUCUUUAUCUCAUUUUUUGUAAAAACUUAUUUUAGCAUUUUAAAAUACGAACUAAGAUUUUUAGAGAAGAUGAAGAAGAAAACAAACAGUCGGCUUCUAAAGACGAUAAACAAGGAUCAGGUACUCCAGUGUCAAAGAAGAGGUAAAAUAACAUAACUUUUUUCUCAAAAAAACAGGUGAUCACAUAAUUUUUUUUUAAAUCAUGUUAACGUAGACAUAAACUUGUUUUUUUCUCUACCAUUAUUGAACUUUUAACUAUUUUAUAAACGUUAAAAUUUUAAUUUUUAGCAUUGAAUCUUUAAUUUUUACUGCUUGAAACCUUCAUUUUCAGCAACAAUGAAUCAAAACCGCAAGACAAACCGAAAUCUUCGCGUAAAAAGACAGCAACAGACCCAGCACCUGCAAAAGACAAAAGUAGUGACCCUGACGAUCCGGAUGAUGUGGUAAUCAAGGAAGAUAAGGUGAAGAAGAUGGGAGUUCUGGACGAGGAAGUGAGGAAACGACAACAGAAGGACCAGAAGGAGAUACAGGACAUGGGCUCUGAACACGCUUUGGACAAAGACUCUGUGGCGCUUCCCGACGGUGCCAAGGUGGCGAUCAAGGUGGAACACUGUAAAUUGUACGAAACUGAACACGAGGGGACAUUGGACGAAUAG